AACCAGCAAAGUUUAGACCAACGAUUAACCGCCUUAGAAAGUAGUGCUUCGAGCCAAUUCACUAAUCUCAUCCAACAAGUCCAAAGCAUUAAGUCCAUCCGUUUAACACAUGACCGCGAAAGAAAGCAAAUUGAUUACAAUUUACCGCCAGAAAAUGAACCUAAUAAAUACUAG